GUGCUAAUAGGGAUGACCAAAAUACUGCAAGCUAUCUCUUCAAGGAUGGGAUAGUUCAUGGCAUUGGUCUUCCAUCAAGCUAAUAUAUCAAAGUCUCGUGCAAAUGGUUGAAUGUCCACUGCCAAAAAUCUAUCUACCUUUGACUGAGCGUCUGUAGAAUGACGAGCUAUGAGGUUCUGCUCCAACCUCUCACCCCAAUCCAACUUACACUUUUUCCCAACCCCAGCUUCUGGAGGAGGUGGGGGGUAGGUGUAGGUGCCAGAAUAUUACCACCCUUGAAGAUGGUAAACUCAUCAAAUAAUCGAGCAAGGGUUUCCCUAAACCUUGUCGCAAUAAGCUCCGCUCAUGUAUUCCCGUGCGCAAUUCCCAAUCAAUAUACUAAAUUGAACAUUUCUACUAAAUUUUGGGAGAGUUUCGACCAUCCAACUGAUACAUGGUUGCCAGGUGCAAAGCUUGGGGUCGACAAAGCUGGAAAGGUACUGAAGCAGCUUAUUUCAUGGACAGAUUUAGAAGAUCCAUCACUGGGUCUGUUCUCAUUCUCGUUGAGGCUAGACCCAAAUGGAAGCAGUGAAUAUAUCUUGGAGUGGAACAGGUCCCAAGUUUAUUGGAGUAGUGGAGUUUGGGAUGGAAAUACUUUCGUCUUCGUUCCUGAAUUGAAGUUGAAUAAUGUCUUCAACUUCAGUUUCGUGUCAAAUGAAAAUGAAACCUAUUUUACUUAUUCUCGUUUUGAUGCUUCUCUCAUGUCACAUUUUGUGAUUAAUUCUACCGGACAGAUCCAGCAACUUACAUGGCUGUCCUCCGUUCAGCCAUGGGGUCUAUUCUGGGCUCAACCGGCAUCACUAUCCAAUGUCUAUGCUUUCUGUGGUCCAUUUGGCAUAUAUGAUGAUAAUUCAUCUAAUAUUUUUGAUUGUCCAAAAGGUUUUGAACUGUUUUCAGAUACCCAGACCAGACUAAACGUAUGGUCCGGUGGUUGUUUGAGGAAACACCCUUUGCAAUGUGGAAAUCUCAAUGGCAAAGGAGAGUGGUUCCUGAAAAUACCAAACAUUAAAUUCCCUGUUAACUUGAAAGCAUAUUUGGCAGUGAGUGCUCGAAGAUGUAAUUGGCUUGUAUGAAUAAUUGUUCUUGCACAGCUUAUGCUCAUAACAGCAGCGGGUGUCUGUUAUGGGAAUGAGCUCUUUUGAACUUGCAGCGACCCUCAGAUGGUGGUGAGGCUAGACAAGAUAUCUAUCUUAGAC